AUCAUUUCGUUCUGGUACAAUCAGGAUUCAGGAGACUCUGUGCCAAUGUGCCCUGCCGAAAUAGGCCAGUUGAGCGAAAAUGUAUCCUAUUUCAGCCUAUCUCGAUUCUCAAGCUCAUACAAUCAUGUCGCUUGGCCUUUGUCAGGACCUGAAUAGCUUUGAUUAUGCUUCAUACAUAUGUUGUAUGUACAUACACAUCUCGUGGAUAAUGAUCUUCAUGGGCUCGGACAGCAUAUAAGGAACCUGGUAAACCUAUGUCCUUCCCCUUCAAAACAUUGUUCCUUCGCUUUCCUUUCCUGCUCGUUCCCUUCUUCUUCCGUUAGGCCGCGCCUUACCUUGUUUUUUUCUUCUUCUUUCGUGCCGCUUGAGUACAAGGACCAUUAAACCAAAGCCAUUUCGUAUCAUGCUCAGCCAUAGAUAUUUCGUUUCUAUAUUCUUAUCGACUGGCCUGCUUACCUCCAAGCUCUCUUUGGCUGCGCCCCUCUUUGGUUUUGGCUCAAGCGACAAUUCUGCUUCCACUACUGCCGUAUCCAACGACACUGUUACUUCCGACUUCUUACGACCUGCUCUUUUUUCGCGUGUAGCUUACUGCUCUAGUGAUGCAGUCCAAAGCUUCCAGUGCGGUUCCCCUUGUGAUGCUCUCGGAUCAGAUAUCGAUGUAUUCCAAGUCGGAGGAAAUGAUGGGACUAUCCCGAUGUACUUCAUCGCUCAUGAUCCGUCAACGAAUACCAUUGUCGUCGCGCACCAAGGGACGGAUCCCAACAAUCUGUUGUCCAUCUUGAAUGACGCGAAAUUCGGGCUGGUUGAUCUCAAUACUACAAGAUUUACUGCUGCGGAUGGGAAAGGUAUACAGGUACACGAUGGUUUCCAGCAAACUUUUGAGCGUACUGCAGACGGCGUAUUGGCAGGAGUCCAGAAUGGUCUUUCCACAAAGAAUGCGACUAAUGUUCUAGUUACUGGGCAUUCUCUGGGUGCUGCUGUUGCGACUCUUGAUGCAAUGUUCCUUAAGGAAAACCUAGAUCCAUCUGUCCAACUGACAACAUCGGUGUUCGGACUCCCUCGAGUCGGCGAUCAAGCGUGGGCUGAUUUCGUUGACUCUAGUCUCGGUAACACGCUUUCCCACAUCACGAACCAGAACGAUCCCGUCCCUACUGUUCCGCCUGAAUUCCUUGGCUUUGUUCAUCCUUCUAAUGAAUUCCAUAUCACCGGUGUUGAUUCAAAUGGCCAAGCGACCGGUAUUAUUGCGUGCCCAGGACAGGACAACGAGAACUGCUCUACGGGUAACGAUAUUCUAGACGCAAGUGUAGCGAACCACCUAGGUCCGUACUUUGACGAUAUCUCUUUCGGAGCAUCUGCUUGCCCUGCAUAACUGUUACUUGGACUCGGAUGGUUGAUAUCUCUUGAUAGUAGAUAGCUAUUCUAUUUAUAUACAUGCCACCUGGGUGCAUACGACGUUCUUUACAAGUCACCAGAAGUAGAAUAAAUUCCGCUCGAUAGAAUAAUCAGGAAA